GUCACUCUCUGGAAGAGGGAGAGCGGUAGGUGGAGCCUGGUGGAGCCGCGCCCGGCUGAGGAGGUUCGGUGUGCGCGCAAGCCAGGCGAGCUGAAGCGCCAAAGAGCCUUUGGACAGCGCGGGGCCCUCUCCGACUAGCCAUGGCUCCUCAAGGACCGGCUAUGCUGCCCGCCCACUCAACUGCUUUUCUUCAAGCGACGUCCGCCCAGGCUGGCAACCGCUUGGCUCCCGGGGGCCCUCAUACCUUGGCAAGCCGCGGUGUAGAAAAUGUUCCAGACAAAUCUGAAAAUGGAACUUCAGGAGGUGGUCAGCACCCUGAAUAUAUUGCUUAUUUCCUGAUUCCUGUCUUCUUCUUCAUGGGACUCCUGGGAAUUUUGAUCUGCCAUAUACUAAAGAAAAAAGGGUAUCGCUGUACAACAGAAACUGAGCAAGAAGAAGAGAAGCUUGGUGAGAAGAUAGAGUUGAAUGAAAGUACAAAUGAUAAUGGUGACACUGUGGGACAAAUUGUCGACUACAUUAUGAAAAAUGAAGCUAAUGCUGAUGUACUGAAGGCUAUGGUGGCAGAUAAUUCUGUGUGUGAUCCAGAAAGCCCUACUACUCCAGGCAGUCCAACUACUCCAGGCAGUCCAACAAGUCCAGUGUCUCCUUUGUCACCUGGAGGUCCUCAGACCAAACAUACUUGCAGAGGACAUCACUUGCAUACAGUUGGUGGAAUUGCAGGAACAGGUGGUUGUAGCCGCUGCAGUCACAAAAGAUGGCAUCUGUUCAGUCCAGCUAAAAAAUCUAAAGAAGCAAGAAGAGCCCGGCAUGGGGAAGUCACAGUGCUGUCUGUGGGAAGAUUUAGAGUAACAAAGGUGGAACACAAAUCUGCUUCUAAGGAACGUAAACACUUGAUGUCUGUUAGUGGUGUUGAAAGUGUCAAUAGUGAAAUGCCAGCUACCCCUGUCAAAGAAGUCUCCAAAGAGGUGCCAGUUACACCUGUAAAACAGGGACCAAACGCACAACAUUGCACUCCUGCUAAGCAAGAGGAGAGAGGGAAAUCUGGUUCGGAAUGACAGUUGGGCAUAGAAGGUUCUGGAGUCCAAUGAGAGAUGGAGGCUUUGAGGAAAAGCACAAACAAAAACUUUGGGGAAAAUUCAAAACGGAGAUACUAAUGUGAGAAAGAUUUGUAAAUGCACUAUUGCUGUGCAUAUUUUCUGUGACCGAAUCCAUGCAGGUUUGGGUCCCAGGUAUUUACAGUUUUAGUAGCUAAUAAUUUAAAGCCAGUGUAGUAAUUUGAAGAGAACUGGGAUACACAGCCAGCAAUUUUUAUAUUUAAAACGUUAUGUGUUUUCACGUCUAAUAAAGUAGAACUCAAUGAAAUCCUUCCUCGAAAGGAUAAACAAUAGUCAGUUUGCCAAAAUGUCUGUGCCGCUGUAUUGCAAUGUUAAAAAGUGCCAUAGUGUGUUAGAUGUUUAGAGGAGAAAAGUCUGAUACAUUGGCUGUUUCUGAGAACAGCAAGUGAGGGGACCAAAGUUGAGCCAUAUUUUGAAUUUAUUGCUAAAUACCAAAGAUUGCUAAAUUAGGCAUUGCUUAAUUUUAUUUUCUUGGUAUAUUUACCGUAACUCCUGCUUUUGUGCUCAAAGCAACCCCUACAACCUGUAACAAGCUGUUUUGUAUUUGCUUCUUGAGAACAGAAAUAUAUUCAUGUAGACAUUUGUACGCUCAUGCGCACCCCACGCUGUCAGUUCAUGAAUCUUGAUAGAUGCUGUAUUAAAUCCUGAAAGCUUCUCAAAA